GUUUAAAAAUAGAAAAGAAAAAAAAGAAGAAGAAAAAGCGAAUGGAAUAAAGUACGGCAUAUCAAAAUUUUCCCAGAAUUCCACCGCACUUCCUCACAUGUGCCUCUUUUUCGCGAUCCAACAUGGUUCUCAGUCAGUUCCGCUUUGUGGAAGUUGGCCGUGUGGCCAUGAUUGCCUAUGGCCCAGACGCUGGAAAGCUAGCUGUCAUUGUUGAUGUAAUCGACCAAAACAGGGCCUUGGUUGAUGGACCUUGCACAGGUGUAUCCAGACAACAGAUAAACUUCAAGGCACUGCAGCUUACAUCCAUUGUGAUGAGUAUUCCACGAGGAUUACGACCAGGAAACCUUGCAAAAUCUUGGGAAAAGCAGGAAAUUAAGAAGAAGUGGGAAAGCACAUCCUGGGCAAAGAAAAUUGCCAACAAAGAAAAGCGGGCUCAGUUGACAGACUUUGACAGGUUCAAGCUGAUGAAAGCCAAACAGGCGAGAAAUCGGUUGAUUAAUGUGGAGUUUGGAAAGCUAAAGAAAACAAACAAAAAAGCUGCUCCAAAACCAAGAAAGAAGCCUGUGAAAAAAUAGACUAUUGUCAUGAAUAAAUGUGAUGAUAUGUA